UGAACUGUAAGAUAACAGUUGGCACUGAUAAUUCAAAUCAGUACUUAAGACGUACACUCUACAGCCUUGUUCUCUUAUCGUAACCAGACAACAUGAAAAAGAUUUUUGGCGUAAUAACUCUACUGACAUUUCUCGCAGGAAUCCUUGCUGAUUCUGAACCUCAGAGAGAGCAAAUACUAUUUGAAAAAGUGGAUAAAAAUUUAGACGGAUAUUUGACCAGGGCCGAACUUGAUUCAGUGUUUCUUCUGUUUGAUACAAAUGGAGACACAAAUAUAACUAAGCAGGAGUUUGACACUGACUGGAUAUCUCUGUACAAGCUAGGAACUCAGAAAGAGGCUAACGUGUUGUUUGAUAAAGCUGAUGCCAAUGACGACUUGAUUAUCGAUGCAGCUGAUUUGCCAUUUAUCUUCAAAUUCUUCGAUGCAAAUUCUGACAAUACAGUUAGUAUUGAUGAGUUUUUGACACAGUGGGGACAACUGACUCUAAUGGCGUUUGGAACAGCACCAACAGUAACUGCAGACAGUACCACUACAAGUUGACAAGCUCAUACUACACCAGGACUUUAUUUUGAUAUUCCUUAUAAUUCAUUCUACUAGUAUUAAUGAAAAUAAAAGCUAGUGCAUUAAA